UGGCGCAAUGGUAGUCUUCAGUUCAAAAGGUUGCAGGUUCGAUUCACGUCGACUUCAUUAUUCUCGGUCCCUUUUUUCGAAUUCCUAACCGUUGAGAACCCUGAAAGUGGGCUCGGGUCGAAAUGACACCAUGUUACAAAGAAGAAGUUCCUUUUUUGUUUUUGUUUUUGUAAUUAUUCUUAAUUGAAUUUAUUCUUCAAAUACGAUAACUAAAUGAACAUCCCAGACCCAUUCUCUUUAUCAUAUCACAACGCUCGUCUCCUCCAAGAAAGCCUCAAAUCCAAUGACCUCUUAGCCGGGAAAUUGGUCCACGCCCGAAUUAUCAAAUCUGGGCUUCACUUUAGUGUCAUCUUACUCAACAAUCUCAUGAAUUUUUACUCCAGAACUGGGUGCUUUUCCGAUGCUCAGUUAUUGUUCGACGAAAUGCCUGUGAAAACUAUUUUCACGUGGAAUACCCUUUUAUCAGCUUAUUCCAGACAGGCUAAAAUGUCUGAAGCUACUGAAAUUUUUCGUAAGAUACCGAAUCGUGAUUCUGUUUCCUGGAGCACGAUUAUUAUGGGGUACAAUCAGUUGGGUCGUUUUGAAAGUGCCUUAAAAGUGUUUGAUAAAAUGAUUAAAGAACGAGUAAUACCAACGCAAUACACGAUUACUAGUGUUCUUGCAUCAUGCGCUGCUAUUAAAGCUUUAGAUAUUGGUCGAGAGGUACAUUCUUUCGUCGUCAAGUUUGGGCUUAGUGGUUAUGUUAGUGUAGUUAACUCUUUGUUAAAUAUGUAUGCUAAGUCUGGUGAUCCAAUGAUGACAAGAGUUAUUUUUGAUAGGAUGGAAUAUAGGAACACAUCGAGUUGGAAUGUUAUGAUUUCGUUGCAUAUGCAGCAUGGACGAGUUGAUCUUGCACGUGGACAAUUUGAAAGGAUGUGUGAAAGAGAUAUAGUGACAUGGAAUUCGAUGAUUGCAGGUUACAAUCAACAUGGGCAUGAUUUUGAUGCUUUAUGUACAUUUAGUAAUAUGCUGAGGGAUUCUUUGUUGCUUCCUGAUAAAUUCACGUUUAUUAAUGCGUUAUCAGCUUGUACCAACCUUGAGAUGUUGAAACUUGGGAAACAAAUCCAUGCUCGUAUUGCUAGCACCAACUUUGAUACGUAUGGGCCAGUAGGAAAUGCCUUGAUCUCAAUGUAUGCAAAGUCAGGUGGUGUUCAAAUUGCUCAAAAGAUUGUAGAGCAGAGUGGGAUUUCACACCUUGAUGUUAUUGCAUUUACAUCUUUGCUGGAUGGAUAUGUUAAGCUUGGAGAUUUAAAACCAGCUAGGCAGAUAUUUGACUCACUGAAAGACCGUGAUGUAGUUGCAUGGACUGCCAUGAUUGUUGGAUACUUGCAGAAUGGCUUGAAUACUGAUGCAGUGGAGCUUUUUAGGUUAAUGGUUAGAGAUGGUCCUAAACCAAAUAACUUCACUCUGGCAGCCAUGUUGAGUGUCAGUUCAAGCUUGACUUCGUUGAAUCAUGGCAAAGAAAUUCAUGCAAGUGCAAUAAGAACUGGUCAAGCAUCCUUGGUUUCUGUGAACAAUGCUCUAAUUACGAUGUAUGCUAGAGUUGGAAGCAUUAAUUGUGCAAGGAAAGUAUUCAAUCAGAUACAUUGGUUCAGAGAUGUUGUAUCUUGGACAUCUAUGAUAAUGGCUCUUGCUCAACACGGUCUUGGAGAAGAAGCCCUUGAGCAUUUUGAAAAGCUGGUGGCAGCAGGAAUUAAGCCUGACCAUAUAACAUAUGUAGGUGUACUCUCUGCUUGUACACAUGUGGGACUGGUUGAACAGGGUCGUAGGUAUUAUAAUAUGAUGAAAGAUUUUCACAAGAUUGAACCUACUCUAAGCCAUUAUGCACUGAUGGUUGACCUUCUUGGGCGAGCUGGAUUGACACAAGAGGCAUAUGAUUUUAUUGAAAAAAUGCCCAUUGAACCAGAUGCUGUAACUUGGGGUUCACUUUUAUCUUCUUGUAAGGUUUAUAAGAAUGUAGAACUUGGAAAGGUUGCAGCUAAAAGAUUGCUCCUUAUUGACCCUGACAAUAGUGGGGCCUACUCAGCCCUAGCUAAUUUGUAUUCAGUUUGUGGAAAGUGGGACGAUGCUGCAAAAAUUCGCAAGUUAAUGAAGGAUGGAGGGGUAAAGAAAGAACAGGGAAUAAGUUGGGUUCAGAUAAAGAACAAAUUCCAUGUCUUCGGAGCUGAGGAUGGGCUUCACCCCCAGAAAGAUGAAAUCUACAAGAUGAUGGCAAAGAUAUGGGAAGAUAUAAAAAAGAUAGGCUUUGUUCCAGACACUGAAUCAGUGUUACAUGACCUUGAGGAGGAAGUAAAGGAGCAGAUGCUUAGACAUCAUAGUGAGAAAUUGGCCAUUGCUUUUGCACUAAUAAGCACCCCAGAGAACACCACUUUGAGGAUCAUGAAAAACCUCAGAGUCUGUAAUGAUUGCCACUCUGCCAUUAAAUUUAUAUCCAAACUCUCUGGAAGAGAAAUUAUUGUAAGAGAUGCUACCCGUUUUCACCAUUUCAAGGAUGGUUUCUGUUCUUGCCGUGACUAUUGGUAGGUGACGGGUACAGCUGGAAACAACUGACUUAUCACAAGGUACAUUGUCAAAGAGAUUGAUCCUUGCAUUAAAAAUUAGCAACUCUCUCACUAGUGAGUUUCAACCUGAUAGACUUGGCUCCAGAGUUGUGCUUUUUGGCAUCAAGGCAUGAUUGCAUAGUUGACUAGGUUGGAUUCUUGAAGCCUCUAGCAUGUAAAACGCUGGGUGGCACUUGCCUUCUCCAUUUUAAUGAAGGCUGAAUAAUCUAUUCCUUUUGUAUUAUUUUGUGGUCUGGCACAGUCUGGAUUUAGAAAGAAAUUUCAAAUUUGUAUAUUAUUUAAAAACUAAAAGAAAUAAUCAUCAUCAAUGAUAUGUAACAAUAAUUAAAAUAAA